ACUGUUAGUGAACCUUCUGUUGUAGCUAUGGAUAUUGAUCAAACUCCAACUAAAGUUACAGAAGAUUCAAAAUUAUCUUCUAGUUCUGGUACAUUGGCAGCUGCAGCAGCGGCAGCUUUCAGCUCGUCAUCUGUUCCUACAUCAGCUGAUUUAGAUGUGAUGUAUGAUGCUGAAUUUUUAGAAUCAGUUUUACAAAGUUUACCUGGUGUAGAUACACAAAAUGAAGAUGUUCGUAAAGCUAUAAAUGCUCUCACAAAAUCUCAAUCACAAGGAAAUUCAAGUAAAGAUGAUGAUGACAAAAAGGAUGAUAAACACGAAUAAUUAAAGAAGAACAUCAUGUGUACUAGUUAAAUAAUUUUCAACUUUGAUUGUUUUGAUUCUUCAUUUUUUGACAAUUUGAAAAAUAUAAUACACAAUUGUUUCAUUUUGUUCUGUUUUUCGUUUUUCAACAAAAUAUAAAUUCUGUUUCAGAAA